UCAUUAUAGCUGUAAAAAAUAGAAAAAUUCAUCCCCAAAUGUAUAUUUGUAGCCGAAAAGGUUUCGAGAAGAAAAUGACAUUUUCCUUUUUCCAUUGUCUGUUCGGUGGGGAUAUAUUUCGCGGCAAGUAAUUCGAUUGAUAGAAAAGAGAAGGCUGGUUGCAAUUUGGCGCGGUCUCAAAUUCAUUCUCGCGUCUAGGGUUUCAAAUUCAAUCUUUUAUCCUGGUCUCGACGAAUUACAAUGGGUUAACUGCUGUUCGGCCAGCAGUUAUUUCUGUCACGUCAAAAAUUCUGCACCACAUUUUCUUUCUGGUGUGAUUCAAUUCAUUUUUUCAACCACAUGCAUAUAUUACCUGGGCUCUUUGCUCCUUUUAAGCUUGAAAUGAGCACCUCCAUAGUUUUUUGCUUUCUUUUUUAUUCUUUAAUACUGAAAUUUUAGACUGGUGUUACUUUUUUUUUUUUUUUUGAACAGCAUGUAGCUGCUGAAUAUUCCUAUGCGCUCGUGUACAGAAACAGUAGGGAAGCUCAAUUCUGCGUCAGUGUCAAAAAGGCAUCAACCUAUUAUGGGUGCACCAAAGCAGAAGUGGACAUCAGAAGAAGAAGCUGCCCUUAAGUUGGGUGUUGCUAAGUAUGGGGUUGGCAAGUGGAGCACCAUACUCAAAGAUCCAGAGUUUUCUGGUGUGUUGCGUUCUCGUUCAAAUGUGGACAUUAAGGAUAAAUGGAGAAAUCUACAUGCUAUGGCUAGCGGGCGGGGUUCUCGGCAGCCAGGAAGGACUGGGUAUAAAAGCAUUCAGCCAACAGUGAAACAUGUUGAUAGUGCCUUACAUGUUAGCGCUAUGUUUGAGAAUGGUAUAGAAGUUCUUGGUGCUAAAUCUCUUGCAGCAUCCUAUGAAAAGGUGGAGGAUGUUGGUUCUAAGGAGGCGAUUUCAAGAUUGGAUGAUCUUAUAUUGGAGGUGAUAGCUGGAUUGAAGGAACCACGCGGGUCUAGUCGAACAACAAUUUCUUCGUACCUCGAGGAACGCUUUGUGGCACCUCGAGACUUUGAAAAGCUGUUAGUUGCAAAUUUGAAGGUGAUGGUUGAAAACGGAAGACUGAUAAAGGCGAAGCAUCAGUACAGGAUUUCACCAGGUGGAGUAUCAUCUGAUGCCAGGGGCAACGAUUUCCUAUUGCUUCUGGAGGAGAAGCAGAAGGAUUCCCCAAAGCUUGAAAACAAUGGAGUUAGAAUACUUACUAAAGCACAAAUUGAUGCAGAGUUAGCUCAAAUGAUGAGCAUGAGCGCGGAAGAGGCUGCCGCAGCUGCUACACAAGCAGUUGCAGAGGCAGAAGCUGCUACUGCUGAGGCAGAAAGGGCAGCUAGAGAUGCGGAGAAGGCUGAAGCAGAGGCAGAAGCGGCACAGUGCUUUGCUGAAGCAGCAUUGAAGGCAUUGAAUCCUCGAACUGUCCGUGUGUGAUGGAUCUGGAUUGCAACAGCUAGGGUGUACAUCUAUCCAGCUUAAAUAUCACUGUAGAUAUGUGAAUAGAUUUGUAAAUAUGGAUAAUUGUGUCCAUUGGCAGGUGAUAUUGAAUGUCAUUGGGGUCAUUGGCAAGAGAGCACUAGAAGUUGGUGCUUUUAUUUUUGUACAUAUACCCUCUUUUGUAGUCUGUUUGGGUGCAAACUGUACAGACAGCUAGUUGACUGGCCAUGGAACCCUAUUAAAUUUUUGGUGAUGCUAUGAGGAUAUAAAAUUAUAGUCUUGGUUCAUUUUA